GCCGCCCCGCCAGCACGGCGGAGGGAGGCGCCGCCUGCGGGGAGGAAGCUGGAUGAAGGCUUGUGCCUCAGGGCGGCUUCGCCAGCCCCUCGGGCAUGAAGGGGACCGUGGGGACUCUGCCCUGCAGCCGAGAGGGGACCUCAGGAAGACAGCUGCCUUCAGAUGAUACAGAACUCACUGACAGUUGCUCUUGCUUCAGUCCUACUUCAUGAGAACUUCAGAAGUUACUAACUGAGUGCUGGUCCAUAGAGAGGAAGAACGUCUGCUACUGCAACCAGUUUUACCAAGAUCUGUGUGCUAGAUCUAAAGAUGAGGAUUCUGCAGAUGAGUCAGUUCAAUGUGAAUACAGAUGGUACGUGAACAAUACACUACAACAACACCAGGCACUAGCCUAGAGAGGCCGAAGAAUGAAUAUGUCUACAAAAUUGGAAUUUAUGGCUGGAGAAAGCGUUGCCUCUACCUGUUUGUUCUCCUCCUGCUUAUCAUCCUAGUUGUGAAUUUUUCUUUGACAAUUUGGAUUCUUAAAGUGAUGUGGUUUUCCCCAACUGGAAUGGGGCAUCUACGUGUUACAAAAGAAGGUCUUCGUCUGGAAGGGGAAUCGGAAUUCUUAUUCCCUCUUUAUGCCAAAGAAAUCCAUUCUCGUGUGGACUCAUCACUGCUUCUCCAGUCUACUCACAAUGUGACUGUGAAUGCUCGGAAUUCAAAUGGUGAAGUCACAGGCAGAUUAAAUGUGGGUCCUAAAAUGGUAGAAUUCCACGGUCAGCAAUUUCAGAUCAACUCAAAGAACGGCAAGCCACUUUUCACAGUGGAUGAAAAUGAGGUUGUAAUUGGCACAGAUAAACUUCGAGUCACAGGGCCUGAAGGAGCACUUUUUGAACACUCUGUAGAAACACCACUUGUGAAGGCAGAAGCUUUUAAACAACUAAGGCUGGAAUCACCGACUCGAUCAUUGAGCAUGGAUGCACCACGAGGAAUUAAUAUCAAAGCACAAGCUGGGAACAUUGAAGCUCUUUCCCAGAUGGAUAUCAAACUACACAGCAGUGAUGGUGUGCUUUUGCUCGACGCUGAAACUGUGCGACUGCCCAAAUUGCCUGAGGGCACAAGAGGUGGAUCUGGAAUUUCUCAGGGGCUCUACGAAAUCUGCGUGUGUCCAGACGGAAAGCUUUAUUUGUCAGUGGCUGGCGUGGGCUCCACUUGCCAAGAAUACAGUCGUGUCUGCCAGUGAGGGACCAGAAAAGGCCGCACACCCCCUUGCUAGUCUGAGUUUUAUAUUAUUGCUAAAGAGCACUACUGAAAGCAGAAUUUUCAGAAUUUUAAAAACAAAGUACUUCAGUUUAGGAGACAAAUCUGUAUCUACAAUUCUGGACUACAGGGUGAAAAGGGAAGAAGAGCACAAAUGACAUUUCAGCUUCAGAAGAAUGACUUGAAUCAGAUUACAUUUUCUGUCAGUAACACUUUGAAAACAGCCUUACAUAGAGCAUUAAAAAAAAUAAAAGGAAUGUUUCCUUGCUGAACUAUUACUCAGUCAGAUAAUUAUGUCAUUGUUAAUAUUUUUGAGCUCCGUGGUUUUUUUCUCUCACUACAUGUAAACACUUAAUGCAUUAGUGGGUGAAAUUAAAUUGAGGGAACUACUUGAACUAUUUACUAAGACAAAGCAUUUGGUUAUUUCAGAAAGUGCCAGCAAAUGGUCUAUGCAAUUUUGUUCUUGCAAUAACACAAGAUACGAAAAAUAUGGUAUUUGUCUAAGUUCUGUGUACAAGGUGUUAGUUUGCUAACAGCUUUCUGUGUUAAUUUGGCAACACAUAUGCUGAUUUGCUUAUCACUGAGAUUCAUAUAACUAAUAUAAAAAGCUCCAGGAUUCAUUUAUACCUCCCUGUGUCUCAAAUCUGUACACUAUACAACAGAGACAUAUGUUAGUAUAUUUUAUAAUAGCAAUAGUUUGUUGUAUUGACUGUAUCGUCAUACUCAUUUAAACCCUUUUAUAUUUUAGGAAAUGCUAAUUCAACAAGGCAAUUUUGUCUGCCAGCUGGACUAGUAAAAAGAAAAACAAAAAUAUAUGGCUCCAGAUUGUCUGACACAAGGAAUUGUUUGGGCGGUGGGGAAAAAAAAUCCUUUUUUGCAGCCCACAUGAUUCAGUUAAGAGGACUAUUUGCAGCUGUUGACUGGUAUUUCUGAUCUGUCAGAGUGGGACUCCAUCACAAAUGGAGAGAGUAAAAAUACUCUUUAUAAUUUUUUUACAUUAGGACUUUGGAUACAAAAUAAAUGCUCACCAUAGUUGACAAACCAUUUAUUGACCUUGUAGAGAAACACAACUGCAGACCCAUUCCCCUGUACAGUGUUGCACUGAACACAAAUAAAUUGUUUGCAUACCUCUGGGUAGCAGGAUUUGUAUUUAAUAGUCUGUUGUUUAAACCUCAUGCGUUUUUAACUCCUUUGAUGCUGUUUUGUAUAUACUUGAUGAUAUAACCCAGGUAGAAGCUGCUAUCACAUAGUGCCUUGGCAUCUAUUUACAGAAAUAUUUUUAACCUGUAAUUGUUAUUAACCACAGAAUAUCCAUCCUUUAGAGGAGAGUACUGUCAUCCAAAAAAAAAAAAAAUAAUUACUGAGACUAUGCCAUUUUUUUAAACUUGCUACUUCAGUUCUGGUGAACAAGCAAAGAAACCCCACACUCAGUUAUGAUCCCAAAUACCCACAAAAGGCUGAGCUGAGAAAGACCCCCCCAGUUAUCACUAUGCACUAUUAUUGUGGUAAAGCCCUGGGUAGUCCCUGCCUCAAGGGCUGCCUUUGUAAUUUAUCCAAUUAGUCUAAUGUACAAUACUGAAAUUGCCUUCAUUAGCAGGGUGGAGCCCUCAGCAAUUAAUUUAGACUAGAAGAUCUUCAACAGUAAAAGUAGGAGACAUGCUUAAGAUGAGCUUUUGGGUCCAUUCAGGCAAAGGAGGUAAGUGAAUUGAGGUCUCUCCCAUGCUAUUUGGAGAGUGCUCCAAUUGCUGACAUAUUCUCUAAGGUAGAAGUAGGAAGCCACACCUCUUCCAUUUCUGAAAUUCUCUUUUCCUGGGCUUAGACAUCUACCUUCAGGAGUGAGUCCAGGGCUGUUGGCCCUAAAGAGAGGAAUAUUUAUCUCUACUCCACAACUAUAUCUAACUAUAUCUCUCUUUACAACUAAGCCCUCAGCUGAGGCAGACUUUAACAGAAACCCAUCUUCAGCAUUUCUUUAAAGUCAGUUUAGGUGGUUCUAGCUUCAUGUACAAGCCUUUGCAAACCAAAUUAUGAGCAGACUUAGAUUAUUCAUUGGAUAGAAAGUUUGAGUAUUAUAAUAAAGGACAGUAAAUUCCAUUCCAUGUGCCAGAUACCUAAAAACCGCUGCUACAAGUAACUUGGAGGGCUGUAAUGUCUACAGUCUUUUACAGAUGUAGUAUAACAGCAAAACCAGUACUUCAGUCCUUAGAGAAUUCAGCCACUGUCUAGUUUCAAAGGCACUUGAAUUGUCAUCACACCUAUGUUUCUGACAUCAAGGAACAUAUGCCCACUUCCAUGUGGUACAAAACUACUCAUUCACCUAAUCCCUAAAUGUUGGCCAGAUACUGUAAAUAUUAGUUAAAAUCUGACUGUUCUGCUGGCAACUGAAACAUAGUGGUUUAAGUUAUGCCUUUUAAGCUUUUGGAGACUCAUUUUCAAAUGUGAUUUGCCAGUUAAAACAGAGCAAAGGAUUGAAUCCAGGUUUUCCAUGUGUCAGAAGAGUAACCUAACCCCUGAGCUACUGGGUAGUUGGAAGCCACUUCUUACACUGAAGUUACUGUUUUAGUUAACAUUUUUACAAAGCUGUGGCAUACAGCUAGGAAAAUCAAGGUGCAGUUCCCUGACUAGUAACACUACUAUGCAUUAUGGCACCUCAGUUAGACUUUGCAAUAACUAGUGUCUUUCUUGCAGAGAUAAAACCUUUUGGACUUGCCUCAGUUCACAGGUGGAUUCUGAGUAGUAAAGAAAACUAAACAGGUCUGCUGGAUCCUCAACUUUGUAAUCAUCCAGAUCACCAGCUUGCCCCCUUCGUUGUUUAAAUUUCAUUCUUCUUUUCAGUAUGCUACAAAAUUGACAUUAAAAAUAUAGAUGCACUAUAUAAGUUGUGCAGGUUUUUUAAAGCAUGGAUGACAACUUCUUGUCACUGAAGAACAUCUUAGGAAUUUUUUCUUUUAGGUGUGGUUAGUGGAGAAAUGGAGUUUAUGCUAAAAUUACCACAGUGUAAUAAUCAUCUGAUACUAUAAUCUCUUGUUAAUCUCAGUAUAAUUCAUACAUCACUAAAUUAUGAUUUCUGGUGUCUCCAUGUGCAUGUCUUUCCUUCUCUUUUUUAAUAUUUCAGAAUUAUUAAUUAUUGUUUCUACUUGAAUCAAACUUCAGUAAAUAGCUACAGAGUAACAGAAAAUUAUGGCACAGGAAAGUGAGAAUACACACUCCUCUAGUUUAUUUUCAAAAGUUAUUCAAAUGGAGAAGGAAAAAACCACUACCCAGCAUAGUGAAUGAACUGUAUUGUUUGCAUACUUUUUCCCCUCAAAAAGAAUUCUUUACAGCAGUCCUUGUAACUGGUUGGGAUUAUUACACAGUGGAAAAGUAAAAAUAUUAAAAUACACCUUAUAUUGACAUUUGUCUACCUUUAUAUAGCUUUAUGCAAAAGGAAAUUGCAAGAAUUAACUGAAAACUGAGUUCUUGAAUAAACUUUAUACCUUUUGAAAA